AAUACACGUCGUUUUGCCAAAAGCGUAGCAGCAGCAAAUGAAAAAAUAUAAAUGAGGAAAAAAUUUCGUGAAACAAGAACAAGCUAACUAAGCGCGAGCCAGCCUUGUCGCUGCAAUAAAAAUCAACAGAUUUAACUAUUGCGAACGUUCGUUACAAGUGUUUGGAAUUCGAUUGCAAGCCGUCCAACGAGCCACCCCAAAAGUGAAGCAACUUUAUAGAUAACUGUAAAGACAAAUUUUUCUGCAGGCUCUCGGUCCAUAAGCCAGUAAUGCAGCUGGCUUGGGCCUGGCAAUAAGCAGAGACAGCGGUUCCUCUUAAUUAUGGCACCAGCCCUCACCGCUGAGCCAUUGAGCCCAAAGGACAAGCUAACAAGCAACGCCUCGCCAGCCACAGGCACGCGACAAUCGGUUCGCAAAUUGGACAACGAGACAUCAAAGAAGCCAACAGCAGCAGCAAAAACAUUAUUAACAAUUAAAGCAACAACAACGCGUGUAACGCGAUCUAAAGACGCAGCUCAGCAGCUCUCCAAUUCCAAUUCGCCCAACAAUCGGCGUAAAGCCAACAGCAGCAACAGCAUCGAACCUAAACCGAGUGAUGAUCAAAUGGGCCUGAGCACUGCAGCCACACAUGCAAGCAGCGAUAGCACCGCAGCCUCCAGCAGCAGCAGCUCCGUAACGCCUCAGUUGCCAGCAGCGGCGGUCACAGUUGCAGAUGUCGCCCAUGCUGAGCAUAAUAAUAACAAUAACACCUGCAAGGAUAGCUCUACAACUGCUGAGCAGCUGCUGGCGAAUCUAACGAGCAAUUUUGAGGAGGCCAUUACGGCUGAAAUUUGCCUGCGCAAAACUCUGCCCGAGGUGAGCAUAAGCAAGGAGCAACCAAACGUCACAUCGGUCACAGCCACAGUCACCGAGGCAGAGACAAUUCAGCCUGUGUCUAUGGCAGAGGCAACUUCUCAAUUAAGCAACGUUGAUGCAGUAGAAGAGACAAAGUCAAACACAGAGGUAACGCUACCACAAAAACCAUUGGAUAUCCAGCAGCAGGCGCUACUACCCACAUUGGCAUCAGUUGUUUUGGAGGAACAGGUGCAGCAGGAUUCUUUGCUUGCAGUAGCUGAAAUCCCGGACAGUCUUGAGGAGCGUCUAAGUCAAUUGGAUGGUGACAUUAAUGCGGCAGCACUAGUAGCAACUGUUCCAUUGCCCACUACGCCCAACCGACAGCAACUGCAAUUGCAGCAUGCGCAGGAGUUGCUUGUGUCACCGCAGCACACGGCUGUGCGGCAGUCUGCAGCGCUGUUGACGCCGCAGAGUACAGCAGGCUCUUCCAUAAAUUUCCUAAGAGAUUCCAGCACAGUGCUAGAGGAUCAGGACAUUGAGGAGGUGCUUAAGGCGCUUAAAACCUUCGAUGGAGCACAUGUGAAUCCGGAUACAAUUUGUGAUUUUAAUAUUUUUAAUUUUCUCAACAAUGAGGAGGAUGUAGCAAAUGUUGCUGCCACAGCUGCCGUUUUGCCCGCAACGACAGAAGCAACAAUACUACCGGAGCCAAGCAGCCACAUAGAGGAGCUUGUCAAGAUACCUUCACCUACUCCCAAGCCACGUCCCUUGCAAGAGUGUCAUGCCGAACUAGAGGAGGAGCGUCAUGUGAUUAACCGUAAAUUGGAAUUUUUGCUGCGUCGCAUGCGCAAGUUCCAAGCACGUUAUAUGUGCCGGCAUGUCAGCGAUGAGACGGCGGGUGUACUGGAAUGGUCCGCUCGAAGUUCACACAAAGCAGCACCAGUGGCAGCGCCAGUGCGUAGCACUAAGCUCAGCGACCAGCAGGAUACUGUCAUGUCCAUUGUGGCUGGACGACCGGGCUUAAGCUUUUGGGAGGAGCAAACCAAGCAGCCACUGCCUGCCACACAAAUGUGCAACGUGCUGCGGCACAUAGAUGCCGUGGCCCGCAAGCAACAAAUAUGCCACACAAUUGGCAGCGGCUCAGCCUCACUGGCGUCUUCCUCAGCCUGGUACAGCAGCGGCACGGCGCAGCCGGGCAAACGUGCUCGCAAGACACAAGCUACGGCCGCAGUAACAGCAACAGAUGCGAGCACUGCUGCUGCGCCGCGUCCCGAUGAGAUUGUGCCCAUUUAUGAUAAUUAUGUUACCAGCGAGCUAACGCAUGUGGCAGGUUUGCUGCACACCGAACUGCGCGAGAUACAAAAUGCUAUUGAUUCGGAUGCCACAGAGUCUAGCUCAGGCGGCGAAUCAGCCGACGAGAUGGUCAACUACAAUAAUUCCCAGCAGCAGUCAUUGCCAAUUGAGCGUCGCGCAGUUUGGCGUUACUCACAGGAUCGUGCUGCGAUUGCGCUGCGCUGGUCCUGGCUCUGUACCCAGAUAGCCGAUCUGGAAAUGAAAAUACGGCAGCACAGCGAUGUAUAUAAUGACUUGGGUCGCGCGAAGGGCGUUGUGCUGCUGGAGGAAACGCCUGCGCCUAAGAAUGGUUAUAAGGAGCAGCAGCCAGUACCUAUGGAACCGGAGGAAAUCGGUGCCGACUAUUUAUGCAGUCGCGCUCGUCCCUUGGUGCUAAACGAGUUCCGUAAGCGCAAACUCUUCCAGACCACCAAUAUGCAUACAAUAUCUAAGAAGGUGGCGCGACCGAGCAGCAUUAAAUGCGGUUGCCAGUGGCCGCAAGUGCCUUGCACUCUUUGCACCGGACGGCCAGAUCCGACAGCGCCGCGUGAUCUGCCCGAAACCAUGAUGCCUCAGAAUCGUGUUGCAUUGCUUGAUGCGGGAUAUCAUCCAGUGCUUAGCUUUCCAAUUGAUGUAUGCCAGUCGUUGCAUUUGGAGGCAAUUGGUCGACAGCCGGAUUGGCAAUAUCGCGUAAUGCGCAGUCAGGCCAAAGCGAUUGUUAAGAGCGUCUGGAAAGCGGAGCGUGAGGCACUUGCCCAAGCUGGAGGCGCUGCUGGCAACAGCACGCGACGCGGCGCUGAGACAACCAAACGUCGUUAUGUGCGGCGCAAAGAACGCAAUAAUAAUAAUAGAAACAACAAUAAGCAACCGCAACAACAACAACAACUGCAGAAACCACAAAGCGGCGCUGGAACAGCUGCAGUUGGAUUGGACAGUGGAAAUGGUACUGGUACUGCAACUACUUCUUCUUCUUCUACGCCUACUACAACGCCACUUGUGGCCAACAUGAACAAAACGCCACAUCAGCCAAGCGACGCCUCGAGUCUGAACUUGAAUGAUACUCAGCACCAGCAGUCACUUCCUUAUAAGCAUAAUCCCUCACUGAUCUCCAGCGGCGGCAACAGCGGCACCAAAAAGUCACGCCAAUCAACAUCACAAAGCACCCAGCAGCCAAGCGGCGCUGAUGGCAGCCUAUCAACAACUGACCCGCGCUUGCAGUCAGCGCAGAAUAGUCGUCGCACUUCUGCCGAAGCUCGGCCAGCAAAAGUCAGGCAGCGUCCUACGGUGCGACGCAGUCGCCUUAUUUAUGAUAUAGACAACAUCGUGAUACCGCAUAGCAUAGCAGCACAGACGCGUGUAGAGAUUUUACCUUAUAAGGAGAUACCUACACCCAAAUGGCGCAAAGUGGACAAUGAAGCGGAAAAUAAACAACCUUCAAACGAGCACAAACCAAAACGCUUGGAUAUGGUGGAUAAAGUGGAUAAAAGUGCUCCAAAAGCAGAUGAGUUGAAGCCAAAAGAUAAAGACAAAAGCUCAACUUCAAAAUCAGCAAAGAAGGCGAAGCUCGAGUUAAAAACAGAUGUUAAGUUGAACGGCAAGCUUGCGGAAGUUCUCAGUAAUGGAGUAGCAAAUGGUGUUGGGGCGAAGAAACAGCGAGCCCACGAUAAAAAUAAAAGAAAACACCAUGAAGUUGCAAAAGAAAAUGCCACAGAGUCGGCAUCGGCUGCAGAGCAAAAUAUUCCAGAAGAAAAAGUAGAGUUGGUCAAUGGCGUCGAGUUGAAGAAACACCGUGCUCAUGACAAAAUUAAAAAGAAAAGAAAACAUCAUAAAGUAAGAAAAGAUACUGCCAAAAAGCUAACAACGGCUGCUGAGCACAAGAUUUCAGAAGAUACUAUAGUGUUCGAAAAUAGCGUCAAGCCGAAGAAACACCAUGCCCACGGCAAAAAUAAGAAGAAAAGAAAACAUCAUAAAGAUGCAAAAGAAACUGCCACAGAGCCGACAAACGUUGCUGAGCAUAAGAUUCCAAAAGAAAAAGUAGAGCUGGCAAAUGGCGUCGAACCGAAGAAACACCGUGCUCAUGACAAAAAUAAGAACAAAAGAAAACAUAAAGCUGCAAAAGAUACUGCCACAGAGCCUACAACGGGUUCUCAGCAAAAGAUUCCGGAAGAAACUGCAGAGUCUGCUGCUAAGCGACCAAAGCUAGAGGACUGCAGCAAGCUUGAGAAAGACUGCAAAUCAAAAGACCAGAAGGUUGUGGUGCCAGGUGGCUUGGCUGAGAGUAAAGAAAAGUUGGACCAGAAACAUGUUAAGCCAGCGUUGGCUGAGGGUCUAGAAAAGGUCGACCAGAAAUCUUUGAAGCCAUCGUUUUCUGAGGGUAAAAAAAAGGUGGACCAGAAAGCAGUGAAGCCACCGCUCGCUGAGGAUAAAGAAAAGGUGGACCACAAGGCUGUUAAGCCAGCGCUCACUGAAAGUAAAGAAAAAGUUGACCAGAAAGAUGUGAAGCCAGCGUUCUCUGAGGGUAAAGAAAAGAUGAAGCAGAAUGAUGUUAAGCCAGCGUCCGCUGAGGGUAAAGAAAAAGUGGAGCAGAAAGAUGUGAAGCCAGCAUUGGCUGAUAAUAAGAAAAAGAAAUCUGUGAAGACAGCGUUGGCCGAGGAUAAAAAAAAUGUGGACCAGAAAGAGGUGAAUGCCAUGUGCGCUGAGAGUAAAGAAAAGGUAGAGGAGGAUAUCUCCGAUGAGGCCUAUAUUGUGCGACAUCAGCUUGCACUUGAAGAAGAAAAACGUCGCUUCGAGACAUUCUUAAAAUUCCCCUGGACCACUCGCUCGCGUGCCAAUCGACGCACAGAUAGUCGCGCCGAAUCGAGUGGUGCCAAAUCGAGCGAAGCCAACACACCAGGUCCGGCAUCGCCAGCCACAUCGAGCACCUCACAGUUAGUCGGACCAGCUGCUGACAAUGAGAGCCUACCAUCGCCGCUAGUACAAACAGCGAAAAUGCAACAUCCGCUAGAUGCACUGCACCCUCCGGUGGGGCACACAGUUGAAUCAGUAGCUGGUAAGCGCCAGGAGCGCCGACGCACCACAUCCAGCAAGCUAAAAGAGCACGAGCGUCGCAGUGCCACGCCACAUAGAAGAGAAAUACGGCAGCAGGCUAAUCACGAGCAAUCGCCUUUUGAGACGCUGCAAUUUCCACUCUCCGAUGAAGUCUAUCAGCGUCUAUUGACGGAAAUGUAUGCCGAACCGAAAGUUGCGGCUGCACCACCGCCAAUCAAGCGGGUAAAGAGCAAGUCUGUAUCCUCUAAUGGCGGAGAUGGUAGCUCUUCCAAUGUGCCCCCAGCCAGUCGGCGGAGCAGCAAAGCAAAGGCAACAACAAGUCUUAGCAAGUUGGCAACAUCAGCUGUAGUGAAGCAAAAUGGCGGGAGCGUUCAGGGGAAGAUGCAGCAGCCGCCGCCAGUGGCAAAGCAGCUGCAGAACGAUGAUGACGAAGACGACGACAACGUGGACUAUGACCCAGCCGAGUUUGAACAAGAGCUAUUGCUGGAGGAGGAUGAUGAAUAUCAUUAUUUGGCAACGCCAGAUGAUGUCCAACUGUUGGCUGACAAUAACGACGUGGAUUUGAGCGAGCAGAUCGGGCUCGACGAUGAUGAGCUGGGUGAUGAUCCAUUCAUGGACGAUGACCCGAAUGAUCCCGAAUGGAAACGCAGCAUUGCUGUACGCAGCGAACGCAUUCGUAAACGUGUCUGAGCGAGCAACAAAAAAAGCGAAAAUGAAUUUCAAAACCUUUAAGAUUAUUUCGUCAAACUUUUCUUAAAAAAAACAAUGCCUUGGGGUAAUGCUUGCUACUCAAGCGCGAGAGUUAAUCGUUUAAACUAAAUUGCGUUUAUCAACAUAAUUAUAACUGCAGCUGGGCGUUACUAAGUUAUUUAGUUUUAAAAAUCAAAAGAAAUAUUAAAGAAAACAGCACACACACACUCACACGUAACGGGUAACGUACCUUACGUUGUAAAUAUAGAGCUUUAGAAUUAGUUUAUAUAUUAUAACUGUACAUGAAAUUUAUGGAUAAAGUCAAUGCUAAUUUUAAUAACAAUACAAAUAGCUUACACGCAUACACACAUGAAAAUGGGCAACACACACACACACACAUGGGCUACAAGCCAAAAGUGCGCUAACUUUAAAUAUAUAUAUAGAUAUUUUAAAGAAUUAUGAUAAUUAUUAUAAAAACGUGAAAUUGUUAAAGCUAAUUUCUAUGUAUUUUGCGCAACUUCAAAAUAAUUAAAUAUAACUGCGCUCUGCCUCCCCUACAGCUACUUUAUGUAUGAUUUUCAACGUAAAACAAAGAGCACUAAUAAUAGUAUCUAACUAAGUGCAAAACUUUUGAAUUCUUGUAUUUAAUUAUUUAGGCGAUAUCAUUUACAUUAACCACUUUUUAAAACAAUAGUCACUUCAAUUUUCAACUUGA